AGUUGGCGCAUGCGCCGUGUGAUUAUUCGGAAUCCCAUCCUCUUUGGGCAUUCCGUCGUUAACUUUAAAGUAUUUAACUGUUAUUUGCGCACAUUUGCGUCGUACAAUAUUCACGCAUGAUCAAAUAUAUGAAUAGUCACGCAAGAAGUUUCAUAAAAAUGGCAGAUGCUUCGAUGAAUUUGUGUACUUCCCGAAAAAUGUCGUUUGGUAUCAACGGCAAAUUGAAUGGUGUGGAAGGUAAAACUCCAUUCUUGAUAGGAGUGUCGGGUGGAACAGCAAGUGGCAAGUCUACAGUAUGCAAGCGGAUAAUGGAGAAGUUAGGACAAGUGGAUAUGGAUCACACAGAGCGACAAGUCGUCUGCAUAUCACAAGAUAGCUUUUAUCGGGAAUUGAGUCCUGCAGAAAAACUGAAAGCUGAAAAAGGCCAGUUCAAUUUCGACCAUCCCGAUGCAUUUGAUAAUGAUCGCAUACUGCAAACUUUACAAGACAUUCUUGCCGGAGUUAAGUGCGAGAUACCCGCUUAUGACUAUCGAUCUAAUAGCAUAAUAAAAAAUCAAAUCACGACAAUAUACCCAGCAGAUGUAGUCUUGUUUGAAGGCAUUCUAGUCUUUUAUUUCCCAGUUAUUCGAGAACUAUUCCACAUGAAACUAUUCGUGGACACAGACUCUGAUACCCGCUUAGCCAGAAGGGUACCGAGAGAUAUUAAAGAAAGAGGAAGAGACUUGGAUUAUGUACUAAACCAGUACAUGAAUUUUGUGAAACCUGCUUUUGAGGAAUUCUGUUUACCCACAAAGAAAUUUGCCGAUGUUAUUAUACCAAGAGGAGCUGAUAAUACAGUGGCGAUAGACCUAAUAGUUCAUCACAUCUGGGACAUUUUACGUUUGAAAAAGGCUGAAUCGUCAUCCGGGCAGCAUCCAUACAUCCACCAACGUAGGCGAACAUCAGCAUCAUCCGACAUGCUCAGCAGAUGACUGAUCUGUGAUGAAACGAUCGACCCACUUUAUAUAUUACGAUAACUUAUUUUCGAGAAUUUCUAGUUUUCAGUCUGACAAUUGUGUUAUUUUCUUCUGAUUAUUUUGCUUUUCAUCAAUUUUUUUUUUUAAAUUCAAAUAUUUUUUGGUUCCUUUUUUUCAAUACCCUUACAAUUUUCGUGUGAACAGACCACUGUCUGUUACAUGGAAUAUAUUCUAGUAUCUUAUAGCACGCGGACAGGUAUUCGAUUUCAUUCGAAAUUCUGCUUUGUAUAUUCCCACAAAACGGAUAUUGUGUUAAUCACACUAUGCACCUUCACUUUGGAACAAUUUACAGGAGUAUGACUGUUCUGUAAUCAAUCGUGGUCAUGUGAUAAAGAGUUGUCAGACUAUAUAGUAAAUAAUGAUCGUAUCGAAAAUAUUACUACAGUUGUUAGGAGAACUUUGUUAGAAUAGAUCAUCCAAUUUCCGAGUUUUUAUACAAUAUACAUUCUGAAUUUUUCACGUGAAUAAAUGUUUUAUAUUUUAUACAGCAUAGAACUGAAGGUCGAACUAUGAAUAAAUUCAACUUGACCGCAAGAAUAUUCAAAACUAAACUAUUAGCUAUUGAUAAUGUUGUUUCAUAUUUUCACAAGGCACAUGGCCCCUCACGCAUAAUGAGUAUCAUAUUAAACUCAUUCAGAACGAUUAACUAAAAGCCGAAGAAUUUUGGACAGUUUAGUAAUGACCCUAGCAUAUUUUUCAUCUCGGUCUAUUCUUGAUGAAGAACUAUACCUGAAAAUAUACAUAGCAUAGAGAAAUGCAUAAUACUACUGUGAUGGCAUACAUGUAAAAGAAGAUAAAAAUAAAAUAAAUACUGGAAAAA